AUGGCCGUUAUUGCACUCCCCUGGAGAGUUAUUGAGACCCUGGACAAGAGACAAAUGGAGAUUACAAUGAAACCUCCAGUUGGCCACGGGAAGGGUAGAAAACACGCUAAACAGACUGCGGAAAACAACACAGAACCUAGCAGACUACCACAAGGAGAUCCAGCUCCUAAUCGAACAACAAUUCAUCGAGGAGGCAUCACAAUCGGUGACUACGACGGAUAUCACACCUACCUCCCUCAUCACCCAGUUUACAGAAAAGACAAGUCAACGACCAAGAUCCGCCCUGUGUUUGACGGAGCUGCAACAUCCAAACACGGACCCAGCUUAAAUGACGUCCUGGAGACUGAACCCAAUCUUAACCCCGAUCUCCUUUCGGUGUUGAUGCGAUUCAGAACGAACAGAAUCGCAUGGGUAGCAGACAUUGAAAAGGAAUUCCUCAAUAUCGUGCUACAACCAGAAGACUGA